CCCGGAUAUUUGUGUUACUUUAUAUGAAUGUGACCUACCGAAAGAAAUAGAGACUGAUGCAAAAAACGUUUCUCUGUCGCGUUUAUUGUUCGCUUCAACUCUCCGGUAUUGGAAACAUCCUGUUCCUAUCAUCCCGCAGCGGAAGUAACAACUUAAAAUGGAUUGGGACAUCGUUGACAUUUUUAAUUUCCACCCGGAGAACCAGGAGCUAGACAUUGGCAUUCAAUCAAUCCUGCUGAGGGAAUCGAGCUUCAUUACAACACUUCCGCAGACUGAGGACGAAUCUUCAGAAUGCCACAACACACCAAUGAUCCAUUCAUCUUCAUCUUGGAAGCCUUUUAAAUGCAUAUCUCCAGCGUCGGAGCUUCGCGAUUCCCACCAGUUGUCCGACACAAUGUCCUGUUUAGAGGAGAUGGAAGUACCACGCGACAUGUUCGAGGAACCCAACGACAGUUUGAACAAGGCUGCCGUUCCCAUUUCACCUCCAGACAACUGCUCCAGAGAUUCUAGUCUACGUGACAAACAACUCCACACUGACAACAACAACCUCCAGCCGGGGGACGAAAGGCCUUUCCAGUGUGCCAUCUGUCCCAAGGCGUUCCGGCUUUCCUCCACACUGUCCGCACACAAGAAGCUGCACGACCAAAGAGGACCCAGUCUACGGUGUGAGACGUGUGGACGAGCCUUCACGCAACCCAGCGCUCUCUCCAGCCAUCGACUGCUGCAUCGGUCGGAUCGGCCACAUAGCUGCAGCCUCUGUGGAAAGCAGUUCGUUCGGCUGCAUGCCCUCAAGACACACGUGCUUAGUCACGGGAACGAACGACCCUACGAGUGUGACCAGUGUGGAAAAGCUUUUACCGAAAAGCACGUGAUCGUACGCCAUCGCAAGACGCACAGUAACGAGCGGCCCCAUGAAUGUGCCGUUUGCUCGAAGGCCUUCAAGGAGCGGUAUGACCUACUGCGCCACACGCUCAUUCACAGUGGACUGCGGCCGCACAAGUGUCCCGAUUGCUCCAAAACCUUCGUCCAAUCCAAUGCACUGGUUAAACAUCGAAAGUGUCACGAACGGGAACGCACCGUUGGCCAUCAUCAGUUGAACGCAGCUUCCUUUGCUGUAACUAGGGUCGAAACUACGUGUUGCUAAGUGGAACAGUGACGCAGUGAGAGAAGCAACAAGUGUUAAUGUUGAUUUGCAGAGUGUAAAUAGAAACGUGUUUGAGCAAAUGUUAUUGUGAGUGUCUUUGGAACAGCCAAGAUCUAUUAAGGAGAACAGGUCGAUGCAAAGCCCGUUGCUAGGUUGCCAUUUUCAGCUCGCUUUUGACAGUUUCAUGAAAAAGUGUUUACAAACAAACGGCUAAUAGUUAACGCGGAAAAGUGGACGAAUUUACUAUUAGGAAGAUUAUAUUGAUUAAAUUUCUUGUGGUCUAUGAAGUCUGUGGUUAAAUCAAUCACUUCUAGAGAAUUAAGGAGGCGUAAUUGCAGUCUACUCUGUGUUCAGAAACGUUGAUAAUCUUUUUGAUUGUUUGCCAUUCCGUGACCACAAACCACUACCGUUUUCAACGGUCCUGCUGGGAAAACGAAAAGUUUAACAUGUUCCAUCUGGGUAAAAGAAGUCCUAUUUAAUUUCAAUGAAACACUGAGAGUAAAAUGAAACAUCCAAUCGACACACACUGAUACAAUAUGCAUACCGUCCUUUACUUAUAACCCGGCGACGAAUGAUAAAUGAGAUCCAUGGAUUCAAUCAGCCAUGUAAUAUUCUAAUUAGAUUCUAUUUCUUAUAAUAUUCUAAAAGGAAAUGAGUGCAAAAUGCUGAACAAAACUUCCUUUCGCUCCAUAGCAACGUCCAUCGCUAAACAUAAACAAUGUUCACUUUAACUGUCAAAAUUUUCCCAUGGCUUUCUGUCAUUUUACUCUAAACGCUUCGACCUGUUCUCUUUCAAGGACC